ACCCUGAGAGCAAGUGUACUUUCUGGUGCCACUCCCAGCCUUUCUGGGUCAGCCCAGUCGAGGAAUCAAUACUUCCAGGUGGGGUGACCUCUAGGGGGCAGGCCGAGACGAGACGUGGGAUUGGGAGUGGGGGAGCGGACGUGCUCCCACUGGGUUAGGAAGCACAGUAGGGAGUCCGCCUCCAAAUUUCACUCCUCCUGCGUCCACUUCAAGGCCUGAGGCAGCUUCCCAGGCUUCGCAUCCCCGCAUCCCCGGGAUACUGGAGACGCGAGAUUCCUUCCUCCUUGCGCCCCAGGGCAUCCCGGACCCGAGGCCGCCGCCUAGGAAAAAGGAGGGAGGGAGCCGCCGCCCCGCCCCCUGUGCCGAGAGGAUUCGGGAGGCUGGAUGGCUAGGAUAGCUCCAGGCCCGGGAUGGGGACCCGCGGGAGAAAGACAAUCAAAGCGCAGGCUCCCCGGCCUUGGGGGCGCGCAGGGAAACUUUGUUACAGCGCCGCGGAGGCCUGGCGCCCGAGACGGUUGCGGCUGCGGCGGGGAAGGGAGGGCGGAGCGCGGCGAAGCCCCGCCCGGACUCGGGCUCCUUUGUUUUCAGAGGGUCGGCGUCCUGGGCGCCCUACGCACCCACUGCCCUUAACCCAGCCCCAGACUCCGCCGCAUUUCCGGAGGCGACCAGCCCUCGGCUCCGACGCCACACAGAAAGAAACAGACCGAGAACACUGGGAGAGAGAGAGAGAGAGAGACAGAGGAGAGGGCCGGGGCUGGAACGCUCCCGGAUGCGUGACGCUCCCCGUUCAUUUGCAUAGAACGUCCUGAUUGGCCGCGGCGGCCGCCGGGAGAGUGCAGGGAGGGAGGAGGGAGACCUCACAGCGGCAGCAGCUGGUCUCGGUGUAAACAAGUCGCGGCUGCGAACCCCGGGCGUGGGGACAGCGCCCCGGCUCCGGAGCGCCCCACCACCCGACCCCAGACCCCGGAGGACCGGGCCCCUCCGUGCACCUAGGCUCUGGGCUCCCUUUGCUCACCGUGGUCCCCUCCCCGGGUGGGGCCACUACCCCCAGCCCCCACCAUGGUUCGGAUCUCUAAGCCCAAAACCUUCCAAGCUUAUCUGGAUGACUGUCACCGAAGGUAUAGCUGUGCCCACUGUCGGGCACACCUGGCCAACCACGAUGACCUCAUCUCCAAGUCCUUCCAGGGCAGCCAGGGCCGAGCCUACCUCUUCAACUCUGUGGUGAACGUGGGUUGCGGGCCAGCUGAAGAGCGUGUGCUGCUAACUGGGCUCCAUGCUGUGGCUGAUAUCCAUUGUGAGAGCUGCAAGACUACCUUGGGCUGGAAAUAUGAACAGGCCUUUGAGAGCAGUCAGAAAUACAAGGAGGGGAAGUACAUCAUUGAGCUCAACCACAUGAUCAAGGACAAUGGCUGGGACUGACCUCUGACCUCCAAUCUCUGCCCAAUGAGUCUCCCUGAUAAGAUGAUUCGGCUGCCCCCCUCACUCCAGCCAGGCUGCUGGAGGAGGGGCACUGGUGGGAGAAACAACUACUUGCUUCCUCUCCAGGGACCCUGGGGAACUGCAAGUUCUCCCUCCUCAGGGCUUUGUUGGGAGAUGGUCCCAAGCCCUUGUACAUACAUUUUAUUAUUUUAUUGCAUGCACUGUGACUUUGGGGGGGGUAGGGGAAGAAAUGUCCCCAUUCUGCUUCCCCUCAUGAUCUGGCUGGUUUGGAUCUCAUUUUUAACCCUCUCCCCGUCCCAGAUUCACCUGUAGAUAUGCCCUUUGUUGUACAUAACUCCCUCGCUUCCUCUCCAUGGCAUUCCUUUUCCUCCUGCCUAUAUACCUCAAGCCUGUACCACUCUUUCCCCAUGAUUUCCUUAUCCCUUCGUGGUCUGUAGCAUCUGUAAAUAAAACUCCCAGAGAUACCA